UCCGUCUCACCUGACUGGAAGGUGAAAAGCUGAAAAGUAACACUUUGCGCUCAGUAGAUUUGCAUAUGCCUACGGUCGUCAAAGUCUAAACGCGGAACUCGAAAUUCUAAAUUAUAAUUUCCGUAACAGCUAAACUAAGAAAUUAUACAGGUUCUUGCACCGAUUUGUGCGUGUGAAAGUAAUUAAGAAUCAAAUACAAAUGAGUGCAGUGCAAAAAUUUCAUCCAAGUGUAGAUCCUCGAAAUAACGUAUACUGAAUUUCGAAAUUUCAAGCCUACAAUAUACAAGAUAAAGAUAUUGAAUCAACAAUUCAAUCUGCGUUCGAAAAAUGGUUGCUGCAACAAUGACAGAGCAAAAGGAGCGAAGCAUACUCGACUCACCCGAUGGCAUUGGCUUGUCUUUCGAACAACUCACAUUCGAUACGGAGGGCAAUUGCUUGCCACCGGCAUAUUUGCCCACCACAUCGCCAAACGAAAACCAGUUUGCAGAGGAGCCAUCAGCGGAAGACCCACUUAAGCCGGAGUCAAAGCAAACAAAACGUAGACGUCAUAUGACCGUGGAAUUUCCGCUUUUGCUAAUGUUUAUUGCUUUAAUGUUGGGCGGUUCUGUGAUGUUGAACCAAGAACUUUAUCAAGCUUGUACAGCCGUUUACAAUUAUAAUGAGACGGACUGUGAACCACUGCGCGGGAUUAUACCCAAGACGCCAGAGGCAAAGAUACUCGAAAACCGUAUUCAACCUUAUGUUGCUCGUAUUAGCAUGAUAAAUUCCAUAUUACAUAACGUAUGGCCAGGACUGCUUGUGUUAUUCGUGGGACCCUGGUCAGACAAAUUUGGGCGUCGACCAGUGUUACUGGCCACUUUUGGAGCCUCCUUCAUUGGUUACACUAUAACCACAGUAUUGGUAUACUUUUCGAAAACACUUGCACUUAACCCCUGGUUCUAUCUAUUGGGCGGCUUACCAUCUACCUUUGUCGGCGGCAAUUGCACAAUGAUGGCUGUCAUCUUUUGCUAUAUAUCUGAUGUCUCCGAUGCGGAUAGUAAGCCAAAACGUAUGUUCUAUGUGGAUAUGGUUAUGGGCGUGGGUGUAGUGUUCGGCAAUGUAAUUAGUAGUUACUUGUUACGCCUCACGAAUGUGGCCACAGUUUGUGCGACUGCUGGUAUGCUGGUGUUCAUCGCUUUAUUGUAUAUCAUAAUUUUCAUAGAGGAAAGCUUGGAUGUUGAGAAGACCACAUUGUCGCAUAAAGCUAAGAGCUUCUUUGACGUGCGCUUAAUUAGGGAUCUCGUUAAGACCUGUGUGGCGCGUCGUCCAAAUUAUGGACGCGCUAUUAUUGGUUGCACCAUCUCGGUACUGAUGGUAAGCCAUUUAAUAAUGUACGGUGAAUUUGGCGUAUUCUAUUUGUUCUUGCGCACCAAAUUCAAUGUUACAUUAGAGCAGUUUACCUACUUUAACGCCAUUACAAUAUCAGUUAAGAUGAUAGGAUGCAGCGUAGCCUUCGCAAUAUUUAGAAAGUUUUUCAAACUGCCAUUUGCCGUCGUUGCUAUGAUCGGUUUGGUUGGCUCUAUUCUAGAUCAUUUAGGUCGUGGUUUGGCGCAGCGUUUCUGGCAUAUGUAUAUGGUCUCGUCAUUCGGAAUUAUAUCGGGUAUAACGGGACCUAUGUUGCAAGCGAUCGUUGCACUUGCCGUGCCACCAAAUGAACUUGGUAAAGUUUAUGCGCUGGCAUCUUGCUUCAAAACGCUCUCACCGCUCAUUUCUGCUCCAUUGUACACAUACGUAUACAAUCGUACGCUGACUUUUUACCCUGGUUUUUAUAACUUCAUUAGCGCUGGACUUAUGGUGGAGUGUUUCAUAGUAUUGAUUGUGAUAAGUAAUUAUGAACGACGAGUUGCUGCCAAAAAGGGCAAAGCAGAUGCUGAAAAUGGGGAAGAGAAAAAACCUCAAACCGAAAAGCCUCAAACAGAAAAAGUUCAAAGAGAGAAGCUUCCGUCAAAUCUUGAAACAUAAAAAUACUAACUUAUGCUAAGUUGUUAUUACAAAAACAAUAGUAAAUUAGUCAAAUAAAUACGAUAAGUUAGUUUUAAAGAAAAAGCUUGUUAGUUUUUAAUUUCAAAUUUGUAUCAUCAAUACUAAACUAUUUUUGAGCACACAUACAGUAUUUUAUAUAAGAAAAUGUUGACAGAGGAGUUCCUCUCCUCAAGAAAAUUGAAAAAGAAUAUGUCAGUACAAUUAUUUACCGUCAUGAAUACAAAUGUUAUAUUUACAUAUAUGAGAUCUACAAUAUAAGUUAUUUUAAAAUUUUCAAUGCCGAGAAAACGCUGCUAUAUUUGUAAACAGCACUGUACACGUACCUUAAUUUAAAAUUGUCUUUGCAAAUGAAAUUGAGGUGUUGAUAAAUGUGAAUUAAGUGUGAUUGCCAUACAUUUUAAAAUACAUUCAUUAGAAAAAGGCCAGACAUUUCAGAUCCCAUAUU